CCAAGCGGCAAAUGAAAGAUUAAUUACUUUAUAAAAAUGUGUGACGAAGAAAUACUCUAUAUUAAUCGAAAAGGGGGGGUGGUAAUUUUGUACGGUAAUCACCAAUAUUAUAAAGUAAAGGUAUUAAAAAAUAAUCGCGAGCUGUGGCGAUGCGCGAAAUAUAAAAAAUUAAAGUGUAGCGGAAAUAUCAUAAUCAAUACGACGGUAAGUAAUAUGGAUUUUAUUCUUGAUUGCCAUUAUAAUCUAACUUCUUAAAGUACUGAACCGAUAAAGUUUUGUUCCAAUAUAAUUCGAUUUUUAAAGACUGAACAGUAAUCUAAUUAUACGUCACUUAUUUUCAGGAAAAAAUCAUAGAUAAAUUAAGGGAACAUUCAUGUCCCCCGGAUCUGUGUAAGAAUGAAGUAGCCAAACAAAUAGCUAUGUUAAAAGACAAAGUUUGCAAAUCCACCAAACCCAUACCCCAUCUAUAUGAAAAAGCAGUAUAUAAAAACAAAGGGUUGGACCUUGUAACGCCGUUGCCACCACUGUCGAGUGUCCAACAUUGUCUGUAUGACAUAAGUAAUAAAGGGCUGUGUGUAAAUAAAACGACAUUUAGUAAAAUGGAAGACGUUGUUUUGCCAGCACAAUUCGAAAACUUUAUACUGGCUGAUUAUUAUUAUGAGGAGUCAAGAAUAAUAAUAUUUUGUCCCCCAAGCACAAGGAAUAAACUUGGUGAAAUUAAUGUAAUUAUGGGCGAUGGCACGUUUAAAUGCUACCCAAAACCCUUUUAUCAAUUGUAUUCUAUUUUUGGGGACAUUGGUAGUUCCGUUGAAACUACCAAAGUUACCCCUCUUUUAUUCGCUCUUCUACCAAACAAAAAAGAAGUUACAUAUAAUGUUAUGUUUUGUCUGUUUAAGUCACAAUUGCCUGACUUUGAUCCCAAGAUAUACUCGUACAACUGCGACUUUAAACAAGGAGCAAAUAAUGCUAUACAAAUGGUAUAUCUGAAAGUUGAAGUGCGGGGAUGCUUCUAUCACUGGCAUAGAGCAUUAUGGCGAAAAGCUAAGUUAUUAAACCUAAAAUCUAAAGGUCAAAAAAGAAUCGUCGGCCUAACGGCAGCUCGGCCACUUCUGCUAGAGGAUAAUAUGCCAGAUGGCUUUCACUACAUAAUCUCUGAAGGCACUGCAUUAAAAACAGACAAAUUUUUCAAGUAUGUGGAAAGCUUUUGGAAAAUAAGAUAUUUUGAGACCAUUCUGUGUUUUGGCUUGAGGUUUAGAGCUAAUAACGCUUUGGAGGGCUUUCAUGCCAAAAUCAAUAAAAAAAUUAAUAAAAACAGCAUCAAUUUAUUAUGGCUCUUGAGUGUCUUGAGCACAAUACGAAUUGCAAAAUAAAAAAGGCGCAAAUUAUAUGUAGAAAACGAUGAUUAUAUAAAAGAUAUUCAGUUGCAGUUAAUUACCAACGAUAUUCCUGUAGGCAUCGCUUUAGAAAAACUACGCUAAUUAAAUGAUUUUAAAAAUUGUAAAUGCUUUUUUGUUCAUAAGAACAUCCAUAAUUUACUGUUAGAAACAUAUGGCUAUGCAGGUAGACCACGGGAAAAAAAUAAUCCCCGUGGUCCACCUGGGUGGACUACGAGGUGGACAACGAGAAACAAAUGAAAAUUGUGUUUGGGUUGCUUAACCAGCAACUAGUAAAAUCACUUUUAACUGAAGGGGAUACCUUAUCAUUUGAUAAUGCUGUAAAAAUAGCAACUGCUUUUGAGAGUGCGGAUAAGGAGAGGUAUUGAAGAAAAAAAAUAACAAAUACAAAAAAAAACUGAGACUUAGGAAACGCUUUCAGAGUCCUAACACAAAAGCGAAAGCUCUACUGCAGGAUAAAACAAAAACAAAAGAAGCGAAAAAAAAGUUUUUUUUUUGGGAAGGCUAUGAAAAAGACAUUAGAAGGCAGCUACAAUGCUCUAAAAUCAAAUACUGAGAAAAGAGCAUUCCACAAUACAAUUAUGCGUGAAAAACACAUUUUAAAGAAGCAUAAAGUUUUGUCAGAAGCACAGAAUUUCUUGCUGAGAGAGAAGAAACAGCCCCAACAAAAAAAAAGUAGAAUACGAAAAGUUAAAACAAGAUAUAUAAGAAAUUAUUGAACGGGACAACGUUUUUAGAGCUACGGCAGGCAAGAAAAAGUUUAUAACACGACAAAAGGAGGGAAAGCAGAAGAGUUAUUUGUUAGAUAACAUGAAGAACCUGCAUAAAGUAUUUAAAUCCGAAUUUCAAACAGUGAAUUAAGGCUGAUUUACAUUGAUACAGUAGCUGGCGCCAGCAUCACUGGAUUCCGGCGCUGGAUCAGCACUGGAUCGAAAUAGACCGGCCGCCUAUUUUUCGAUCCAGUGAACGACCACUACACGCCGCACAGCCCGUGCCAGUGGCACUGGAUCCGUAUAAACACUACGUGCCAGUGUUUAUACGGACGUAUAAACGCCAGUCGCUGACGCCUAAUAGUACAGUUACUACGCGUUUUGUUUGUUCAACAACAACACAUCGAAAAUGACAUCUCAAAAGUGGUCUGAUGAGGAGCUCAUUCAGUUUGUGCAAUUAUAUAGACAGGAAGAGUGCUUGUGGAAUUUAAAAUCACAAAAUUACCGUAACAAAAAUAUACGGUCCACUGCAUUGCAGAAUAUUUGUACUGCCAUGAAUAUUGAGGGGUUAACUGUAGAUGAUGUUAAGGCUAAAAUAAAAUCCUUGAGAUGCACUUAUUACCUAGAAUGUGAUAAAAUAAAAAAAAUCAUCAAGUUCUGGAGCAGGGGGAAAUGUGUACAUACCAAAAAUGAAAAGGUUCUCGGAACUCCACGAAUUCAUAAAAGUUGUUGCAAUAAAAAGAAAAACAACAAUAAGUACUUUCAUUUUCAUAAUAAUUUAAAUCAUAAAUAUAAUCAUAUACCACAAAAUAGAUCGGUACUCAAACUUAUUUAUUCAGUCUAGGCUGUUACAAGCUCUUGUGAAAGUCAAACGCCUUGUACUGAGAAGAACCGGCAAGAAACUCAGCAAGGGCUAUUUUUUUUCUCCCUGUUUUGUUUGUCGUUGUCAAUUGAAAGAUGACAUCAAAAAUUGAAAACAUGUGUUGAUGUCAACUUCCAUCACAUUAAUAUUAUUAAUUAACAAAAGUUAAGUAUCUAGGUACUAUUUUAAAAUUUAGAAGUGGCGAUUAAACAAUUUUCAUCCAAAUUAGCAAAAUAAAACGACUUAGUCUAUUAUAUUAAGCCCAUGGUGACUUAUCAUUUAUGAAAUCUUUAACAGCAUAGUAACCUUGUUUUUAUACACACUUUAAACUUAUUAAAAGGAAAAUUAUUAUUUCUUUUGGUAUUUUAUUAUAGUAACAUAUACCUCGACCCACAAAUGAACCAAGAACCUUUUGGAGUCUCAAUGGUGGCAAUUUGAUUUUAUCUUUAUUUCGCGUAUUGAAAUUAUGUACAUCAUCGCGCCUCGUAUACAAAUUUAUGUUCUGACGCACAAACAAUACACAAUUGUAAAUGUAUUGAGAGGCAGUCAUUAUACCUAUUUCUUUAAAUUUAUCCCUUAGAAAAGUUCGAGAUCCUAAGCGAUAAAAAGCUCUUAUAGCUCGUUUUUGAAGAAUAAAAACGGUUUCAAUGUCAGCGGCCAUGCCCCAUAAUAGAAUGACAUACGACAUAAUGCUGUGAAAGUAGCUGAAGUAUAUUGUCCUAGCAGUGUCGACAUCUGUAAGCCGUCUUAUUUUAUAAAUUGCAUAAGCAGCAGAACUAAGUUUACCGGCUAGUGUUGUAAUGUGAAGGUUCCAUUGAAGUUUGUGGUCUAGUGUUACGCCUAAGAAAACGGUUGUAUCGACUAAAAUUAGUUUUUCACCAUUUAGAAUUAUAUCCCCCAUUUCAGCAUGCUUUACAUUCGGCAAAGUAAACUUCACACAUUUAGUUUUGCUCUCAUUAAGUUCAAGAUUAUUAGAAGAGAACCAGUGUUAUACCUUGGAAAGUGCCUUGUUUACAUCGUCAUAAUUUGUUUUACACCUGUCAACGUUAAAAAUUAGCGUGGUGUCAUCUGAAAACAAAACAAUUUCACAAAAAAAAUCUACAAAUGUAAAUCAUUAAUGUAAAUUAAAAAAAGAAAUGGGCCUAAAACUGAACCCUGAGGAACGCCUAUUUUCACAUGAGAUCUGGCUGAUUUUGUACCGUUAAUAUCAACUAUUUGUAUCUUUUUUGUUAAAUAGGAUUGCACUAUUUUUAUGCGGAAUCCUUUAUGCCGUAAUGAUUUAAUUUCCGUAACAAAGUUUGAUGAUUAACGCAAUCAAAGGCUUAAGAUAAAUCUCAGAAAACCCCAAGAGCAUACUGCGACUUUUGUCAAGCAUUAAAUAUAUAUUUUAGCAUAGUGGCACCAGCAUCAGUUGUGGAACGGUUUUUAGUGAAACCGUACUGCGCUCUGUGUAAAAGUUUAUUGUUGUUAAAAUGAGUCAACAAUUGUUCUAACAUUAUUUUUUCAAAGAUUUUACUCAAUGCUGGUAAUAUAGAUAUUGGCCUAUAGUUGCUAGGAUCUUUACAAUUUCCAGACUUAAAUAAAGUUAUGAUUUUACUGAAAAUCAUAAGAUCAGGGAAUACUCCCUGAUCUAUACAUGAAUUAAAAAUAUCAGCUAGGUAAGGGGCUAUAGAAUGUAUAAUAUUAUUUAUGACUUUGACAGAUAUACCCCAUAAAUCAGAUGCAUUUUUCAUUUUUAAUGAAUGGAAAACUUUUAUUAUUUAAAAUUUAACUAACGUGCCUCAAAUUAAAUAAUAAACCACACGGAGGUACAUAUUUUUGUAACAGAGCUGUAGUAGUAUCAGACGAUGAGUACAAGUUGGAAGUAGUUUCUAAUGGUAUAUUCAUAAAGAAUUUAUCGAAAAUAUCUGCGACUUCAUGUUUCGAUUUUAUUAGAUUAUUAUUGAUUUUAAGAACCAUGCUAUUUUCACGAGGCUUACAUUUGCCACUUUCGCGCUUAAUGACAUCCCAAGUGGUUUUUAUUUUAUUAUUAGAUUUUUUAAUUUUAUCCCCAAUAAAAUUUUACUUUGCAGUAUUACGUAUGCUUUUAAACAAUUUGGAAUAUUUUCUAACAUAGUUAAUAAACUUAGGAUCCUGGUUAUAUUUUUUGAUUCUAUAUAUACAGCCUUGUUCUAGUCUUAUAUAUACCACUUGUCGCCCAGUCACGUAACUGCAAGCUCUGUGUACAUUUAAUGGUUCUCGGUCUGAACGUAGUUUGAAAUUCAUUAUUUAUUAAACCAAAAAGAUUUUUGUACAAAAUACCCGGAUCGUCAUGCGUCCAAGGCAUCAAGUUUAUCGCUUAUGUUAUUUUUAAAACUAUUUACGCGCUCAUUUGUUAUAUGUCUACACUCUAUUAUUUUCGGCUCAGUACUGACAUUGAAAUUGUAUGUUGUCUUUAAACCGAGAUGAUCGGAAGUAAUAUCACUAAAGACUGAAUUUUCAAUUGCAUCCAACUCAGAAAAAGUUAUCUAAACAAGUGGCUGAGUGAGAUGUUACUCUGGUUGGUUCAGUAAACUGGAAAUUUAAAUUAAAACAUUUAAACAAGGUAAUUAGCCUAAGACUUAAAGAGCUAUUUUCAAGUAGAUUGACAUUAAAAUCACCACAUACUAUUACAGAUUAAUUUUUUAAUUUAUUUAGAGAGUCCUCCAUGACUGAUUCAAAUGUACCAAAGUUUCCUGAUGGGGGCCGGUAUACACUAACUAUAUACAAAUUUACUAACUCUAUACACGACAGCUCAACAUGGCGUUCCACUGAAAGGCUUACAAUGUCCUUUCUUUCCUUACAUUUCACAUGAUCUUUUACAAAAAUUAAAGAACCACCAUGAAUAGCUAUCGUGCCUACAAAUGCACUGCAUAGUUGAAAUUUGUUUAAAUAAAAUGACUUUUCACGUUGUUGCAGCCAGUGUUCAGUUAUGCACAUGAUUUGAGUUUCAUGACUUUUAGCUAAUAUUUUGGUGAUUAAUAUUGACACAAUGAGGCUUAGCUUUUGUCAUAUGCUUUAGUUUAAAUCUAAGGAGUUUAUUGUAGAACUACAAUUUAUCACAAGUACUAAUGUCACUUUUAAAAGAAUUAUUUACAAUUUGUAAAUUAAAAGCUACAAAUUAGCUAAUUGUGUCUGAGAUUUUUUUCAAAGAUACAUAGUAUCUAAUUACUAAUAAAUUUAUUAAUGUCAAAAAACAAAAUGACUUCACUAUGACGAUUAAUCAGAUUAUACAAGUAUGUAUUUAAAUCAAAAAUGCGCUUAUUUUCAUCGCACAUCAAGUAUUUAGCAUAAGGGACAGCACUGAUCAAUAAUUUGCAGUUAGUUUCACCUUGUAACUUUAAUAACAUAUUAAAAGAAUUCAGUAUGUCCCUUUUUCUAAUGUCUGAGCUAUCACCACAUAAAAUGAUUAAGUUGGUUAAACUAUCUACCUUUUGCGUUUGCGUAGCAUUAUUUACAAUUUCUUUAAAUGAUUGUCCAGGAAAGCAUAAAUUGUAAAAUUUAUUAUUCUAUUUAUAACUAAUAACACUGGUUAACAAAUUUUAAGGUUUUGUUAAUCCAUGAAAUGAGUUGUGCUAAUUGCGAAAGAAUACCUCUAAACAUACAUUUUGAUGUAAGUUUUAAGGUCGAGUUAGCUCGCGUUUUUUGUGGAAUCAAAUAAAAAUCUUUUGACUUAAGAUAACAUUUUAUUCAUAAAUCACGUAUUAUAAAAUUUAAAAAUGAGUUAAUAUAUUGCUUUUCCGUUUAUAAAUAAUAUCUACAGCCUCUCUCUUCAAUGUCCAGCAGUAGUCUGCUAACAUAGCAGGACUCCAUUUGCCCUGGUAUCGCUGUUCCAUGCCUGAAAUAUCCUGGUGAAAACGUUCACCAUGUUCGUCGCUAACAUCUCCCAUAUUUUCAGGACAAAAAUCCAAAUAUGAGUCGAGAAUAUGUAUUUUGAGGGACAUUUUGCAACCGAGAGCGUACAAUGCUUAGAUCAUAUUCUUAACCAGGUUUUCAUAGUCUUCAGAAAACAUAACAAUCUCCAAUGUGAUCCUUUUGUUCUUUCCACAGCAUCGGUGUUGCGAAAGGCAAACAUGAUCGGCGCGGCGGCCGGAUAGCCAAUCUCGCAAGUAUUUCCCACAACUCGAGCAUAUUACAUGCGGAACCCAGGGCUUGUCUUGAUUUUUCACUGGUAUUCCGAAAUAAAGUUCGUAAGCACGACAGAUUCUGGGACUGAAGUUUUCGCUCGUAUUUUUUGUAGUGAAUUUACCACACACGUAACAAAAAUUGUUAGGAUUGCUUACACAGGAACGAGGCAUAUCAAAAAUAUAAAUUCACAAAUUUUUAGUUCAAACUUCACAACAAAAACUAAAUACAAAAUUUGUUUGAUACACUUAAGACGUUGCUGUAUGUUACAGUGCUAUUACCACGUCAUACACUAAUUGUAUUUUCACGGUGUUUGAUAGCGAAUGCCAGCGCAAUUUUAACGUUCUUUAUGAUGUAUUAAAUCUAGUAAAGUAAAGCCGUGCUAUAAUAACGAACAAGUCGAAACUUGCGAGAGUGCGGCGAAUGCAAUACAAGAUUAAACUUGCAUAGCUCGAUAACUCGAGCUAAGACACUUGUAAUAUUAUAAUUGAUGAUUAGUAUUUACCAAGUACUGCCUAUUUUUGUAUUUCAUCAUUCAUGGGCAAAACCAUUGUUAACCAGUGUAAUCGAUGAAAGUCCCUGACCUAAUUUGUCAGAAAGCAUGAUAGUUUUUGAUGAAAAGUUCUGUGAAAGCACUGGUUCAAACAAUUUUUCACUAUAAGUGGUUUGUAUUUUUGCAUAGGCUGAUAAAUGACAGGAAUUCUGUGUGAUAACAAUUUUUUUGUCUUUUCUAAACUCUUCAUUUGAGAUUGCCACUGGGUAAUUAACUAUAUUUAACAUUUGGUUAUUUAUUAAUGAGUCAUAGCGCUCAGCAUUAUAAUUACACAACUCCACUAACUCUGAAGCAGAUUUGAUGUACUCAUCAAUUACAGGUACAGAAGACAAUCUACAUUCAAAGUACGUACGGUCGAGCAACACACACAUAGACACCGCUCAUGGACACGAUAGGUAGGUAUAGAAAUAGAGAAAGAUGACUCCUAGAUUAGAAUUUGGGUACCUCAAAAAUCACCCAAAGUAAAGAUGGGCGAAUAUGAAUGAUAUUAUUCGAAUAAUUCGAUUGUAGAAGUCAUUCAAAUUAUUCGGAUAACCUUACAAUUCAUACGAAUUUGUGAGAGAACGAGAAGUAAAUAACAAUGUAUUGCGUUGUCUCAUUCCUUCCGAUUCGAACUUCAUUACUACUAGUUUAUGUAUUCGGAAUAUCAGUAACCUCAUCUAAAAAUAAACUUUAUGCCCUUAUAAAAAAUACUUAAUUUCGUGUGGCAAAUUGAACCAUCAAACCAUCGACACUCUUGGAAGUAUUCGGAAAUUAGUAGUAACUAUUUAUUGAUAUCAACCAAAAAUGUCUUUACUGUACGAGCAAAAAGUACAAUGUUGUAUGGCAAACUGAAUGAAUGAACAAGCGGUUUGCAAAUCAGUAACGAAUAUCAAUUAAAAGUAGACUUUAGUGUACGGGAAAACAGACCAAUUUUGUAUGGCAAAUUAAAUGAAUGAAACUAGCGGUUUUAUUCGAAUUUGCGAACUAGCGAUCGAUUGUUUUUGGAUUCGAUUGUUAAUAUUAGUAGUAUCAAACCAUUUGAUUAUUGGAAUCAGUUACAAUUGCCCAUCGUGGACUAUAAAAUAUCUUCAGAAUUAGUUGAACUAUGCAACUAAAAUACAGAACGAGUCUUUAGUAAAAAAACAAUUAAGUAGUUCUUUAAAUCAAUCUUCCUCGCAAUCAACAUCAUCUGAAAUUAUAGAGGUCGUUAAUAAUAAUAAUAAUUCUCAAACAGUUAAAAAUCUUGGUGAUUCAUCUGCCUGUUCUGGGUCAACUUGCAAAAUUAUAACACCUCCCCUGUGAGGUCAAACUGCACUACAUAUAGUACCUCUCCUUUCAAACCAGUGCUAUCUGAUAACACAAGAACAAUUAUGUUCUCAGAUAAGUUAGCAUCCUAACUUAAUGUUAAGGAAUUAAUAUAAAUGAAAGAAUUACUAAUAUAUGUAUGUCAGGGAAAUCAAUAAAUGACAUUGUGAGUGAACUGAAUCAGUAUGAUGCGGACAGUUUGACAAACAUAGUUAUUAUGUAUGGUGACAGCUCUAAAAUAAGAGCAAGAGAUAUGUAUAGAUAUAUAGAGGUGCUACCCCAACUAGCAAAAGCCAGUACUUAAAACAAUCUCAAGACUAAUUUUAUUUUCACUUAUAAGAAACUUGUAGUAUGCUACAAACCUGGAUUUGGGCGCAGUUAUAGGAGCGUUUAUUGCUAUAAUUAUCUGACAAUCAACUUAUAAAAUGUUACUUACCCCUAUAAUAUACUUGUCGAAGCGCAAUAGCUUCUAAAAUGAUAUGAAACUAAACGACUACACGCACAAACGCUUUUGUUAGUAUCUGAGAUAAGUCUCUUACUAGAGCAAUUUUGUUUAUAAUGCACUAGUAAUGUACUUAGUUAUUACUUAUAAGUAUAUUUUACCAGAGUUUAUCUUUGCUGUUGCUUCGGUUGGUGGUACUUUUUGUUUAGUGAUAAAUAAUUAAUAAAAACGUAAGUACAAUUUGUAUUUUCAUUAUUUUGUGUUAAUGUAGAACAUUACUAAUAAAACGAGUAUAUUUUAAAUAUUUGAAGUCGUGGGGAAGUCAUUUUUACUGUAAAUAUGUACCGCAAUUUAGUUACUUUUGCACUGCCCUCCGAAAAUUAGCACAUUAGUAUUUUGUUUUGAAAAAAAUAUUACAUCAAUUCUUACGAAUGUACGCCAUGUUUUGAAAUUUCCCUUCAUCAAGUACUUUGUCGGACGAUUAUAGGUAAAUUAGUACUUGUAGCAGUUUCAAUCCGGACCGGACUGCUCGCCUCCAUUUUAAAAUAAUUUAGGGUUCCCUUGAAAUUUGCCUGAUGUAUGAAUUUUUAUUUUAGGAUUUAAAAAGAUGGCUGUAUUUCUUGAUGUCGACUGUUUUUUAACAAAAUAUUCAUUGAUUUUACUGACAAAUGCGAGAUGGCCUUGGACAAAUACACAUUUUGUGUUAACUGAAAGCUGCAAUGGGUGUGGUUUUCCAGUUUCUUUAAACAAUAUGUAAAGACCUACUCAUUUCAUUUGUAGUCAAGAAAACAUAAUACUUUUACUGCACCAACAUUUUUUUGGUGCCCGAACUGCUCCCUGUACAGCAUAUAUGACCAUUAUAUCGAAGAUGAAUGUACAAUUUGUUACUAAUUUUCUAUCUACAUAAUCUUUGUACACACAUUCUAAGGCCCGUACUUAUUGAAUUCAUUAAAGUAAAUAUUAUUAUUAUAAGGACAUAUUAAUGUUGAACGAUUUGAAAGCAAGUUUUCAAAAAUUAUGCGUUGGAGUAAUCAAAUUAGCAAGGAAUCCCGCUGCCGCGCCGCAUUUCGGAAAAUAAUUUAGAGGUACAAUGGCUAUAAUAUAAUAAUAUAAGUAGCUUUAUAUCGAUUAUAUACACGCCUAGAUACCGUAUUAACUGCAUGAAAGCGGCGCAAAAAAUAUCUACUACAUAUGGUAGAUAAGCUCGUUUCUACACACGCACACAUUGACUGCUUCAAACAAUCUGACAUUAGAAUCACGCACACAUUGCACGAAAAAUGUGCCAUUUUCCAUGCGUAGUUUAUUUGGAUUGCUCUAUCUAGGCGUGUAAAGUCUAGUGCGGAGCAGGAAGAAUUUCGUACAAUGACUCCACGCUACCUAUCCUUAUCGCUCGCGCGCAAAUAUGUUGCUAUCACGCUCGGUUACGGUGCGUAUGCGACCGUGACAGCAACAUAAUUGCGCGCGAG